GCCCCACGGGGCCCUUAUUCUAACCGCACCGAGCAGAGGGAGGGGUUCGUGAUGGCGGCUGCGGAGCCGGAAGUGCGGUCCCCGGUCUCAGUCCCUGAUAUGGAGUGGUAUGAGAAGUCAGAAGAAACUCACGCGUCCCAGAUAGAACUACUUGAGACUACCUCUGCCCAGGAAACUCCCAACCCUUCGGAGCACUUUUGCCCAAGAGACUGCAUGGUCCCAGUGGUGUUUCCUGGGCCUGUGAGCCAGGAAGGCUGCUGUCGGUUCACUUGUGAACUUCUAAAGCACAUUAUGUACCAACGCCAGCAACUUCCUCUGCCCUAUGAACAGCUUAAGCACUUCUACCGAAAACCUACUCCCCAGGCAGAGGAGAUGAUGAGGAAGAAAUCUUGGGCCACUGUGGAAGUGAGCAACAAGAAAUGCCAGCAAGCCCUGGCAGAACUGGAGAGUGUCCUCAGCCACCUAGAGAGCCUCUUUGCACGGACACUAGUACCACGAGUGCUGAUCCUCCUCGGGGGUAAUGCAUUAAGCCCUAAGGAGUUCUAUGAACUCGACUUGUCCCGGCUGGCCCCUGACAGUGUAGACCACAGCCUGAGCACAGCAGCUUGUUUGCGCCGUCUCUUCCGAGCCAUUUUCAUGGCUGAUGCCUUUAGCGAACUGCAGGCUCCUCCACUCAUGGGCACCAUCGUCAUGGCACAGGGGCACCGUGACUGUGGAGAAGAUUGGUUUCGACCCAAGCUCAACUAUCGAGUGCCCAGCCGGGGCCACAAACUGACUGUGACCCUGUCCUGUGGCAGACCUUGCAUCCGAACCUCUGCUUGGGAGGAUUACAUUUGGUUCCAAGCACCAGUAACACUUAAAGGCUUCCAUGAGUGAAUGAGGGUGCUUCUUAAUCCUGAAAACACAAUGGCUGAAUUAUCUUUUUCCCUGUGGCUCUAAGUCACCCAUCUCUUGCUUGGAGUUAGAGUUGCUUCCUGGUGAGAGAGGAAGGUUCUUUCCUGGCUAUCUGCCUCCCUGCCUCAGAUUUCCUGGUGGGUGGGUGAUAUGUGACUGUGACCUUGCUAAUCACUGCUGAAAAGUAUCUUUUGGAAUCAAAGAUUGAUUUUCCCAGAGGGGCUGGGUGAGGUGUUUGUGUUAGGGGUGGAAAAGCAAAGAUGGGUCCAUAGACAGAAACUCCUAUGGAGGUGGCCUUUUUCUGCUUUUUGCUCUGUCCUUUCAGAAUUUUACCACGCUCAUCAUAUGGCUGUGUCUCAUGAACUUAAAUAUAAAAUAAAUGUAUUUAUAUUAAAUUUGAAUUGAAACUCUUAAGAUA